AUGGGUAAACGAAAUAAUAAGAUACUUAAUCAGAUAUAUACUCAACCGUUACCGGUUAAAGUUUAUGGAGGGCUACCUACGAUUUUUCCUCAUAAUCCGAUUUCCUGGAUAUAUUUUGGAUAUGUGUAUAUACGAGUGUUACGGGAAGUAGGGUUGGAACAGACAAUAGAAGUUGAAGUAGAAGAUAGGGUAUUCAAAGUUGACAGAGAAGAAUCAAUGAUGAUAUUAUGGAGACAAGGAUUUUUCGGUAAGGGAAAUUUAUCUAGAUCGGAGCCCACUUGGAGAGAACGAAUCAAAAGAUUAAAUGAAGAAGAAUUAAGUAAUGAAGAUAUCACCAAGGUUAGAAGAGAAGAAAGGAAAAGAUUCAAGAAUGAAAGAAGUAAAUUACAAGAAUUAGAAUUAAAACAGCGACAAGAUAUAAUAAACCCACAAGAACAACUUGAAAUGAAUGCAUUACAGAAGAAAUUAGAAGAAUUCAAAGUUAACUACGAUAGUAAGAAAAUCAAACCCGAUGUCAUUAUACAAGAUGCCAAUCUUGAGUAUUUACAAUUGCAACCCGUGGAAGUAAUGUUCUUGAAAUAUUUAUCAGCGAUAAAGAUUUUCGAUAACGGGCUUGAAUUAACCAAUGAACAACUUUUCCAGAAAUGUACUGGUCAGCACCAAGACCAAAUAACGAGCUCAAACCAGUUCAUCUUGGAAUACGUGGUAUACCACCACUUCAGAUCACUAGGCUGGUGUGUCCGAUCAGGAAUCAAAUUUGGGUGUGAUUAUUUGCUAUACAAGCGAGGUCCACCCUUCAGCCACGCAGAGUACGGGAUCUACCUCAUGACGGGCGAAAAGAAGUGGACCGACAUCCAGGCCCUCACCCGGGUCAUUGGAGGGGUUAAAAAAUGUUUCGUACUAGUGUAUAUCGACAUUCCCGAUUUGCAACAAUUCAACCAAGCAUUGCAAACGAAAAACUGCUCCGAUUUGCUCAAACUAUAUAAAGUGACUCCAAUUCUCUACAAAAGAUGGGUCCCCAGCAAGACCAGAGAUUAA